AAGCAAACACUAGGUUGGAGAUGGUCUUGUGUAACAAUCAACUGGAACUCCAGCCUCCAGGUCUUUUGGUUUCUGUAGUCCUGAGCGGCAUAUACCACCGUGGACUCUUGUGAGGAGGCGGCAACCAGCUGGGCAAAGCGGAGCCCUUUUUAGGGUUUAGGCGCCACGGAGAAUGGGGGUUAGAUGCAAGUUUUGGUUGCUCAAAAAGAAGAGAUUUUGUGCAAUUCCCCCGCUCCCUAAUACCGAGUUCUGCGGCAACCACUCUACAAGGUCGGAUGACAGGUGGAUUCAGUGCUCAAUAGACCCCUCCCACUCUGUACUGGAAUCCAACCUUGAGAAUCACCUUAGACGGUGUCCGUUGCUCAAACAUAACAACUCGCUGUCCCUCCAACCUUUCUACCAAAAGGGCAUUAAUGGAGGCGAUGAAGAAGAUGAAGACGUUUCCUCAGAGUCCAAGAGGAUGGCUGUGCAAUGUAUCACUGUACCUGAGUUGAUCAAACUAAUCGAAAAAAUAAAGUCUGUUCACGCUUCCAUAUGCAAGGACAUUCAAGACUCUUACAACAUCCCGGAAGUUUGCAGGAAUUGGAUUAACCGCGCAAAUGACUGUUUCAGGAAAAUACCAUUUCAAGAAAAGCAUGUUAUCCAGCAGGCGUCAAUUCUUGGAAACUUGGAAAAACUGGGAGCAAUCAAGUCUUGUUCUAGUGUUGGGGAACAGCUUCAUUCUCCUGCGGUGGUUGAGUUUGGAGCUGGAAGGGGUUACUUGACACAAAUGCUAGCAGACUGUUACGGGGUCUCAAAAGUCUUCUUGAUUGAGCGCAAGUCAUAUAAACUUAAGGCAGAUCGAAGCUUGCGACAAAAAGAGAGCUUGAUGCUAGAGCGGUUGAGAAUAGACAUUGAGGACUUGAAUCUGAAUGCAAUCGGGUCAUUACAAGGAGUUCCUUAUUUGGCAAUCGGAAAACAUCUGUGUGGGCCUGCAACUGAUAUGACCUUAAGAUGUUGUGUUGGGGAAAAUGGCAGCACAUCUUACCUGAGAGGACUUUCAAUUGCAACAUGUUGCCACCAUCUGUGUCAAUGGAAGCAUUAUAUCAAUAAAAGUUUUUUCUUAAGUCAAGGGAUGAGCAAAGACGAGUUCCAUGCAGUUACAUGGUUUACCAGCUGGGCUGUAGAUUCAGCAGACCAUGAAGAAUCGGAUACAAAGAUCAGGGAAAAUGAAAAGGUUUUAGAAGGUGAUGAUGAUGAUGAUGAUUUGUUGAGAAAUAUGUGUGCAAGAGAUCGGGCUGUGCUAGGGUUCAUGUGCAAAGAUAUAAUUGAUGCAGGGAGGUUGAUGUGGAUAAGGGAACAUGGACUAGAAAAAUCCGAGCUUGUCAAAUAUGUUCCAUCUAAUAUCUCUCCUGAAAACCGUUUGCUGAUUGCAAGCUGUUGAAAUUUUGUUUGUAGGAAUAAUUAUUAUUAUGCUCUUUCCGAUUCCAAUGCUUGUUCAAGUGGUUUGUGGCUUUGUGCUACAUAAUUUGCUA